CCAUCAACACAACAUACAAGAAUUGACUCUUUCCUUGCGUACAACUACCAAAGCAAUGGGCAUCUCUUCUAAUCCUUGCAGGUUUCCACCCAACUUUGCACUGCUCUCAGCUUUUGUGGUCUUGGCCUGUUUCGCAGCACCUUCAGCAGGUAAUUUCUACAGGGACGCUGAAAUUACGUGGGGUGAUGGCCGUGCCAAGAUACUCGAAGGCGGACGGGGCCUGUCCCUGUCGCUGGACCAAUACUCGGGUUCUGGAUUUCAGUCCAAGAAUGAGUAUUUGUUUGGAAGAUUCGACUUGCAACUCAAGCUUGUCCCUGGAAAUUCUGCUGGAACUGUCACCACAUUCUUCCUAUCUUCUCAAGGAGAAGGACAUGACGAAAUCGACUUCGAGUUUCUGGGCAAUGUAAGUGGAGAGCCGUACACUGUGCACACAAACGUUUAUGCGGGCGGCAAAGGAGACAAGGAACAGCAGUUCCAUCUCUGGUUCGAUCCAACUGCAGCAUUCCACACCUACUCAAUCGUCUGGCAUCCUCAACGCAUCAUAUUCUUGGUGGACAACAGUCCCAUCAGAGUAUUCAACAACCACAAGUCCAUCGGGAUCCCAUUCCCCACGAGCCAGCCCAUGAGAGUACACUGCAGCCUGUGGAACGCAGAUGACUGGGCAACACAGGGCGGGCGGGUCAAGACGGAUUGGACCAAGGCUCCAUUUGUGGCCUACUACAGGAAUUUCAAGAUCGACGGGUGCCCAAUUGGAACAUCAGGCGGGUCAUGUGGUUUUCAGUCUCAGACUCAGGAGCUGGAUGGUAAGGGCAGAAACAGAAUGAGAUGGGUUCAACAGAAACACAUGAUCUACAACUACUGCGCUGAUGUCCGAAGGUUUCCUCAGGGAACAUCUGCUGAGUGCAAGCGUCCCAGGUUCUAAUCAUGCAAAGAAUGAUAUUAAGUGCUAAGGGUUGUGUGGUUUGUGUGUUGUCUGAGUUUGUAUUCAUCUUCAUUCGUUAUUCUUUUUAUUCAAUAUUGUAAAUGUCACCAUUGAAUGACAAGAAUAAGUUUUGCAGAAUAACGGAAACGUGGUGACGUUAUAGGAGUACAAUUGAAAAAAAAAAGUGUUACAAGUAUAUCUUUGUGAGUUUAAUUCACCUGGCUAAAUUGUAUUUACUAUCAUAUAUGUUAAACGGUGGCAACUUAAAAAUCCUAGCCACAAGGGCGCCAAAU